GCGUGCUCCGAUCGCUUGGAGCUAACCGCUGCCCGGCGGGCCGCACACGCCGCAGCCGAGCGAAGAUGGUGGGCCGCAACAGUGCUAUCGCCGCGGGCGUGUGCGGUGCCCUCUUCAUCGGGUACUGCAUCUACUUCGACCGCAAAAGGCGGAGUGACCCCAACUUCAAGAACAGGCUUCGAGAACGAAGAAAGAAACAGAAGCUUGCUAAGGAGAAAGCUGGGCUUUCCAAGUUACCUGACUUAAAAGAUGCGGAAGCUGUGCAGAAGUUCUUCAUUGAGGAGAUACAGCUUGGUGAAGAGUUGUUAGCACAAGGAGACUACGAGAAGGGGGUAGACCGCCUGACAAACGCAAUUGCUGUGUGUGGACAGCCUCAGCAGCUGCUGCAAGUGUUACAGCAGACGCUGCCGCCACCGGUGUUCCAGAUGCUUCUGACCAAGCUUCCAACCAUUAGUCAGAGAAUUGUAAGUGCUCACGGCUUGGCGGAAGAUGACGUGGAAUGAGCCGGCUACCGUGGAAUGAGCCCGCUACCAUGGAAUGAGCCCACUAUCAACAUCAUAAAUUUCAGUAAAUUGUUGAACAGCUUGGAAGCUGAUCAGCUGUGGGUGAACAAGGGCAAAUAUGUCUGUUAGGAGCUGCCCUACUCUGACUCUACCAAAGUAAAUGUGUACUUUGAGUAGAUCCAUUGUCUGUUCUAUUUAUUUUUUCCAGUGAAAAGUAUUUUGAUAGAGCUUUUCAUUUUAUAAAUACACCGAGUCAACCAAAAUAUUAUGGAUUUCGUUUGUUCUUAAGACAGUCAAUUCAAAUGUAAAUACAGUAGAGUCUUACUUAGGUAGAACUCCUGGUGAUCACUUUUACAAGCUGGAAAAGAGUGUGAAGGAUAAUCGAGAGGUGCACAUUUUUAAGGACUGGUACAUUUUACUGUAAGUCAUAGAAACUUGUGUUUGUGAAAAGUGAGCAUUAAAAUCUUACAGAGACAAAUAUAAAUAAAUCAGAAGGGAGGAAAUGAUGACAGCUGAAAUUUUUGGAUUUUGGCUUGCAGUGUCCUUUAUAGGAUCUGGAACACGAAAUGGCCUGAGGGUCAGUGAGGGAAGACUGUGAUAUGUUCACUUGGAGACACCCAAGUGAGCUUUCAAGUAGGAAGUGUAUUAAAAUGGUGUGGGGCUGAGAGGAAAGGCUCCGGCCUGAAAGCUCUGGGUCUCCUGCCUGCUCUGCAGCGUCUGUCGUGUUUGUGGCAACAUCAGGCUUUGCCCUGCCUCAGCCUUGUCAGUUAAUCUGUGUUCUCAUUAUGAAAACUAUUGAUGGAAUUUGAAGUUGUGGGGUACUUGGAUACAGGAUAUAUUUAUAUCUCCCCUGACAUGUUGCCUGUUAUAUUUAGAAAAUACUUAAAAAAGCAAACAAACAAACGAAGAGCCGGCUGCUUUGACACCUCUUCAGCUUGCUCUCCCUAGCUUAUGUCCCUGAGUAUUCUCACACCAUUUCUGUAUUCGUAGCUUCCCUUGGAUCCUGUCACC